CGAAGAAAUUGUUGUAAAUGGCGCGCCUCCAAGUCGUGCGAACCGCCGCCGUGCUAUUUGCGGCGUUUGUCGCCGCCGCACGCUCCUAUGACAUACGUUUCGACGUCUUAGAUAUGUCGGACAUGUGGAGCGAAUUCAAGGAUCGUUUUAAUAAAACUUACCAUGGAGAUCAUGAUGAGAGUAGGAAGGAAGCUUGGCAGGAUAAUAUGCAGAAGAUUAUGCGGCAUAAUGCUGAAGCGGAUGAAGGAAAACACAGCUUUUAUAUCAAGGAUAAUCAUUUGAGUGAUUUGCCACCGCAACUUUAUCUUCAAAAAAUGGUGAAACUCACCCAUAGUAAUCAUCGAAAAGCACCAGAUCCUGAAAUAGUUGGUGAUUUCUUUCAUUAUCUGCAUAAUAUUCCAGAAGAAUUAGACUGGCGUAAGAAGGGAUUCAAAACACCGAUUUAUAACCAAAAAGAUUGUGGUUCUUGUUAUGCGUUUUCGAUUGCAACUGUUCUACAAGCGCAAGUUUUUAAACAAACGAAUAAACUUGUACCGUUAAGCGAGCAACAAAUCGUAGACUGCAGUGUAUCAACUGGUAAUUAUGGUUGUGGAGGUGGAUCUCUUCGAAAUACGUUGAAAUAUCUUGAUAAAUGCGGUGGACUUAUGGCAUAUCAAGACUAUCCAUAUCUUGCAAAGCAAAAAAAGUGUGAGUUUGACAACAGUAGAGCCAUGGUUAAUGUAAGUUCAUGGGCGAUUUUACCAGCUAGAGAUGAACGUGCUUUAGAAAUCGCCUUGGCAAGGAUUGGACCUAUUGCUGCGAGUAUAAACGCAAGCCCACGCACUUUUCAAUUAUACCAUAAAGGCAUUUACGAUGACGAGGCAUGUUCAUCAAACACGGUAAAUCAUGCAAUGCUCCUCGUGGGCUACACAAAAGACGCCUGGAUCCUGAAGAACUGGUGGGGCAGUCAUUGGGGUGAAAAUGGCUACAUGCGACUCAGAAAGAACAAAAAUCGAUGCGGAGUAGCCAAUUAUGCUGCUUAUGCUUUAGUAUAAUAUAAAAAAAAAACAUAACAAGAAUGUUUGUAAGUACUUUUUCUACGUUUGUAAUAAAAU